UGCCCUACUCUGUGCAUUCAUCCGUGUAAGUGGACGUUUAUAUAUACAUGCAACUAGUGUGCUGCCGCAGCUAGUUCAUGCCCGGGCUACUAUUGCCGGGAGUGCCGAUCUCGCCAAUGGCGCCAUGGUCAAUCGAUCAGCGCCGCACCUCUUCGCCACCAAACCACUGGUAUUUCCACAUCUACAGACAUUGGCACCUUUAGAGUUUGUUCGACUAUAUCUCGGCAAGUACACGACUCCUUCUUUUCGUUCGCCCCAAAAUGAAAGCCAUCUCCGAUGGCCAAGAAACUACCAAAAAGUAUACCAGAGUGGGAUAGAAUGGCGCGACUCGGACUCUCCUGUUUGCCAGAACGCACAAACCAUCUCCUAAAUUCUUGGCAGAAACUCUGAGGCUCUGCUGCGGCUGUGGCUGUUGCCCGGCGAUAACAAACAAGCCCCCAAAAGUGCCAGGUUUCUGUAACCCCCGUUGUAAUACUUUGUUAUCUGCGACGUACCCUCGCCGAAUCAAAAUGGCGCCUGUCAAAUCGUACGGGCAGGGCUUCUGCAUCGCCGCAAUUGGCGGUCCACCUCGAUCGUAACCUUCUUGGCAGGUGUCCCAUGUCUCUUGUUGCAACUGCUGCCCCCAGGUGCCGUGCGUGUAUGCUUAUUUACAAGGUUUGAUUGGAUCCCGGCAAGUCUCAACUCGCUGACCGAAGCGCUGCUCGCUCCCUGUUUGAUGCCGAGUGCUUGUCGCCGCUUGCCCCUGCGGUUUACAAUGGAAACAGGGCAGCGGAUAAAGUAGAGCAUGGUCCACGCUGGUCAAAGCAAAAAACGAGAUAUGGAGCGAAUGAAUAUCAUCAUUCCAUUGUAUACAUGGGGGGCGACUUUCUGUCUAGUGUAUGAUAAGAACCCGUCCAUUGUCUGUAAACGCUUUCUUCCCCUUUCUCAUUGUUCAAUACAACUUUAUAUUCAGACGAGUGGUAACAGAUUCUCUGUAUUACAAAACACUCAUCUACAAUGGAGUCGUCUUUCUUCUCAUCGACAAUCGAGUCGGGCCAAACAACAAGACGAAACUCUACCGGGUCGCUGGCGUCUCGUUAUAUGCCCAAACUCACCGGCAGCCAUGAUCAAUAUCAUCAUGAGCUGUUUGCUGCUAAUGUCUUGAACGACCGCGACAAUGGCGAGUCCAUAAUGGACAAGCACGCCGAGAUGGAGAAGCUAUACAGCAAGGACAAACGGAAACUGUCUAUCCGCACACGACUGGCCCAUUUCACUUGGGCUUGGUAUACGCUGCCCAUGAGCACGGGUGGCAUUUCGCUUCUCCUUCACAAUCAGCCGUUUACCUUCCCACAAUUGAACACCAUUGGGCGCUCCAUCUUCAUUAUCAACAUUGUCAUCUUCCUAUGCAUCACAGCCGUCAUGACCCUCCGGUUUACCUUACAUCCAAACUCCUUCCGAAAAAGCAUCACUCACCCUCGCGAGGGUCUCUUUGUCCCUACUGCAUUUCUAUCCAUUGCCACCUUGUUAACCAACACCGAAGUCUACAUAAUCCCUUUUACCAGUGAAACGGGUAAACAGGCCAUGCAAAUUUUGUUUUGGAUAUACGUUGUCAUUACGUUGAUCCUCGCUGUUGGCCAAUACAGCUUCUUAUUUGCAAGCCAUUCGUUUGCCCUGCAUACUAUGAUGCCGACAUGGAUCUUGCCCAUUUUCCCCAUUAUGCUCUCAGGCACCAUUGCGUCUGUCAUAUCACGUUCGCAAUCGGAGGACUCUGCACUUUCGAUUACGACGGCCGGUCUCACUUGUCAGGGUCUAGGAUUAUCUGUUGCAGUCUUCAUGUAUGCACACAUGAUUGGUCGACUGAUGCAGAAUGGAUUGCCCAACAGGGAACACCGGCCUGGCCUCUUCAUGUGCGUGGGACCGCCUGCGUUUACGGCCAUUGCCUUUAUCGGCAUGGCGAAAGCCCUACCUUCGGAUUUUGAUGAGCUACACGAGGGUCUUCACUUGAAUGCAGAAGUGCUGGGCAACGUCGCCGUCAUGUCGGCCGUCUUUCUGUGGGCGUUGAGUGCGUGGUGGUUUGGUAUCGCCUUAGUUGCUGUUGUGAUGUCGCCUCCAAAACAUUUUCAUCUCGGGUGGUGGGCUACAGUGUUUCCCAAUGUUGGAUUUACACUCGCAACAAUAUCCAUUGCCAAGGAGUUUGGCAGCGUCCCGGUGAUGUGGUUUACAACGGGCAUGAGCAUUGUCAUGGUAGUGACAUACUGCUUUGUGCUCUAUAAUCAUGUGCGGGCAGUCAUUGUGCAGGAUAUCAUGUAUCCCGGGCUUGACGAAGACGUGGAAGAUAUCUGAAGCGGUGAUGAAGUAUAUUUGGGUGCAGUAUAGCUGGGCUGCUGCGAUGUACGCUGGUCGUAUUACAUGGUUUGUAGUUGGUUUGUUUAGCGCGUCGUCAGCCCCUUGUUUGUAGUAGGAUUCAGGUACCCGUACUGCGCUGUACAGGUGGUGCGGCGUGGCGUUAGCGAAGCGAGCACAGCUACAACAUGCAACAAGCGCUGUUAAAAUAAAUAUAAAAAGAGAACAAUUAAAAGGUAGCCAUAAUAUAUACAAAUUAUG